AUGCGCUUCUCUACCACCGUCGCCUAUCUGGCUGCCUGCCUCGCCGCUCCGGCCACGGCCCUCGCCAUCUGGGGCGAUUCGGCCUCCGCACUGGACGCUUCUCUCAAGGUCCCUGGAGAAAACCCCAUCGAGUACUGCAGCGCCGACCGCGACGACGACCUCAUCGAGAUCAAGAAAGUCGACUUGGCUCCUAACCCUCCCAAGCCUGGCAAGCCGCUUCUCAUCACGGCCUCCGGUGUCGUCAAGAAGACCAUCACAAAGGGUGCAUACGUCAAAGUGACUGUCAAAUACGGCCUCAUUCAACUUCUCUCCACAACUGCAGACCUGUGCGAGCAGCUUGACAAUGUCGACCUUUCCUGCCCCCUUGAAAACGGACAGAUGACCAUCACCAAGAGCGUUGAUCUCCCCUCUGCCAUUCCUCCGGGAACCUACAGCGUGCUUGCCGACGUCUACUCCGCCGAUGACGACAAGAUCACAUGCUUGAAGGCGACGGUUAACUUCCCUCGACCAAGUCUGGGCUCCUCCGAGAACACUGAGGAACUGUAA